CGCUUAGGUGAUGCUGCAGCCAAGAUGGCGCCGGCGGCAGCCACGGUGGCUUGAGCGCGAUGCUCCCGGUCUUCCGCAGCAGCGGCGGCGGCUGUGGCCUCGGCCGGGGCGUCCGGUCUCUCCCGGGCGUGAGCGCUCAGGCGACUCUCCUCCGGCCGGGUUAGCCCGGGUAACGAAGAGGCAGCCACGAAGAGAGGAGGCAGUGAGAACCGCAGAAAGAGAGCGGCGCCUCCUGCCCCGGCACCAUGGCUGGGCUCAUCAAGAAACAGAUCCUGAAGCACCUCUCCAGAUUUACUAAGAAUUUAUCUCCUGACAAGAUAAAUCUGAGUACCCUCAAAGGAGAAGGUGAAUUGAAGAAUUUGGAGCUGGAUGAAGAGGUGCUCCAGAAUAUGUUGGAUUUGCCAACAUGGCUUGCUAUCAACAAAGUUUUUUGUAAUAAAGCAUCUAUUAGGAUCCCAUGGACAAAAUUGAAAACACAUCCCAUCUGUUUGUCCCUGGAUAAAGUAAUAAUGGAAAUGAGUACAUGUGAAGAACCACGAAAUCCUAAUGGCCCAUCACCAAUUGCAACUGCUUCAGGACAAAGUGAAUAUGGCUUUGCUGAAAAAGUCGUUGAGGGAAUUACUGUUUCUGUAAACUCCAUUGUUAUCCGCAUUGGAGCAAAAGCUUUCAAUGCAUCCUUUGAACUUUCCCAGUUACGAAUCUAUAGUGUAAAUGCAAACUGGGAACAUGGAGAUUUAAGAUUUACUCGUAUUCAAGAUCCACAGAGAGGAGAGGUUUUGACGUUUAAAGAAAUAAAUUGGCAGAUGAUUCGAAUAGAGGCAGAUGCUACUCAAAGUUCACAUCUUGAAAUUAUGUGUGCUCCUGUUCGAUUAAUAACCAACCAAUCAAAAAUCAGAGUCACACUUAAAAGAAGAUUAAAGGACUGCAAUGUUAUUGCAACAAAGUUAGUUCUAAUAUUGGAUGACUUAUUAUGGGUUUUAACUGAUUCCCAGUUGAAGGCUAUGGUACAGUAUGCAAAAUCUCUUAGUGAAGCAAUAGAAAAAUCAACUGAACAAAGGAAGAGUAUGGCUCCUGAACCUACACAGGUAAGCUCUUCUCUUUCUCUCAAUGCCAAAUUUUUAAUUUUCCCAGAGUCAAACAGACGUAUUACUGGAGGGGCUAUGCAACUAUCUUUUACACAGCUAACUAUAGAUUAUUAUCCUUAUCACAAAGCAGGAGAUAGUUGUAAUCAUUGGAUGUAUUUUAGUGAUGCAACCAAAACAAAAAAUGGAUGGGCCAACGAAUUGUUACAUGAAUUUGAGUGCAACGUUGAAAUGCUUAAGCAGGCUGUAAAGGAUCAUAAUGUAGGUUCACCUCCUAAAUCCCCAACACAUGCCUCUCCCCAGCACACACAAACAGAGAAAGACUCGGCUCUGAAAGGGACUUCCAGAUCACCUUCAGUAUUAUCUCAGCAGUCCAAAGCUAAGUUAAUGUCUAGUUCUGUUGUGGUUAGACUUGCAGAUUUCAAUAUAUACCAGGUCUCUACAGCAGAACAGUGUCGUUCUUCCCCCAAAAGUAUGAUUUCUUGCAAUAAGAAAUCCCUGUAUCUUCCACAAGAAAUGUCAGCUGUUUAUAUAGAAUUCACAGAAUAUUACUAUCCAGACGGAAAGGAUUUUCCAAUUCCAUCUCCCAACCUUUAUAGCCAACUGAAUGCACUACAGUUUACCGUGGAUGAAAGAAGUAUUCUAUGGUUAAAUCAAUUUCUCUUGGAUUUAAAACAGAGUCUUAAUCAAUUUAUGGCUGUAUACAAGUUGAAUGACAAUUCAAAAUCUGAUGAGCAUGUUGAUAUUCGAAUUGAUGGCUUAAUGCUAAAGUUUGUCAUUCCUUCUGAAAUGAAAUCUGAAUGUCAUCAAGAUCAACCACGUGCAGUUUCUAUUCAGAGUUCUGAAAUGAUUGCCACAAAUACAAGGCACUGUCCAAACUGUCGACAUUCUGAUCUAGAAGCUUUGUUUCAAGACUUUAAAGAUUGUGAUUUUUUCAGUAAAGCAUAUACCAGCUUUCCCAAAUCUGGUGACAAUUUUAAUCUGUUGCAUCCAAUCUUCCAGAGACAUGCUCAUGAACAAGAUACUAAAAUGCAUGAAGUUUAUAAAGGAAAUAUUAUUCCCAAGUUGAAUAAACACACUCUCAAAACUUCUGCUGCCACAGAUGUUUGGGCUGUGUACUUUUCUCAAUUUUGGAUAGAUUAUGAAGGGAUGAAAAGUGGAAAAGGGCGGCCAAUAAAUUUUAUAGACUCUUUCCCUCUUUCCAUCUGGAUUUGCCAACCAACAAGGUAUGCCCUGUCACAAAAAGAGCUGCAGACUUGUAAUCAGGUAUCUCUCAAUACAUCACAAAGUGAAUCUAGUGAUCUGACUGGACGAUUGAAGCGGAAGAAGCUCUUGAAAGAGUAUUAUAGUACAGAAUCUGAGCCCUUGACAAAUGGUAGUCCAAAAUCUUCAGAUACAUUUUUAAGAUUUUCCUCUUCAUCAUCAGAUGCAGAUGUUCAUGUCCUGGUUCACAUUCAUAAACAUGUCAGUAUGCAGAUCAAUCACUACCAGUAUCUGCUCUUGCUUUUCCUCCACGAGUCACUCAUUUUGCUUUUGGAGAACUUAAGAAAAGAUGUAGAAGCUGUGACUGGCGCUCCUCCUAGUCAGACAUCCAUUUGCAUUGGAAUUUUACUUAAAAGUGCAGAAGUGGCUCUUUUGCUACAUCCAGUGGAUCAAGGAAAUACUCUUAAGUCUCCUGUCACUGAAAGUGUGAGCCCAAUGGUUCCUGAUUAUUUGCCUACAGAAAAUGGAGAAUGUUUGUCUUCAAAAAGGAGGCAAGUUAGUAGUGGUAUAAAUCAAAUCAGAAGUGUAACUGUUAAUCACAUGUCAGACAACAGAUCUAUGAGUGUUGACCUUAGCCAUGUCCCUUCAAAGGAUCCUUUGCUUUUUAAAUCAGCUAGUGAUACAAAUCUGCAAAAAGGUAUUUCUUUUCUUGAUUAUUUAUCAGAUAAAAAUUUAGGGAAAAUAAGUGAAGAUGAAAGUAGUGGAAUUGUGUGCAAAAGUGGAUCAGGAGAAAUUGGAUCAGAAACAAGUGACAAAAAGGAUUCUUUGUAUACAGAUUCAAAUAGUGUCUUAAACUACAGAGAAGAUUCAAGUUUGCUGUCCUUUGAUAAUGAUGGUAAUCAAAACAUACUUUCAAAUAAUUUAACUACUAGAGGACAUGAAACCAUAGAGUCAGUCUUUAAAGCUGAAGAUUUGCUUCCAGAAACAGUUUCACUCUCUGAGAACCUAGAAAUCAAUCAAGAAGAAGCACCCAUGGUUAGAACACUUAAAUCACAGUCAUCUUUCAGUGGAAAGCCUAGGGAACGGAUUCCACCCAACCUGGCUCCACUCUGUGUUUCUUAUAAGAACAUGAAAAGAAGCCCCUCACAGACCUCAUUGGACACCAUUUCACUUGACAGUAUGAUAUUGGAAGAACAGUUGUUAGAAAGUGAUGGAAGUGAUACUCAUAUAUUUUUGGAAAAAGGUAUUAAAAAGAACUCAACUACGAAUUACCAGAGCCUAACGGAGAGUGCAAAUGCCAGUGCAAAUCUACAGAAUUUUGGUGAAACCUCUCCAGAUGCCAUCAGUACAAAUUCAGAGGGUGCUCAAGAAAAUCAAGACCUGAUGUCAGUUGUGGUGUUUAAAAUUACUGGUGUUAAUGGGGAAAUUGACAUCCGAGGGGAAGAUAUGGAAAUCUGUCUUCAAGUGGACCAAGUGACACCAGAUCAGUUAGGCAAUAUCAGUCUUCGACAUUACCUCUGUAAUCGUCCAAUAGGUUCAGAUCAUAAAUCUGUAAUUCAUUCCAAAUCCUCUCCUGAGAUUACUCUGAGAUUUGAGAGUGGGCCUGGUGCUGUAAUACACUCUUUGCUUGCAGAAAAAAAUGGAUUUUUGCAAUGCCAUAUAGAAAACUUUAGCACAGAGUUUUUUACAUCUUCGCUUACUAAUAUUCAACAUUUUUUGGAAGAUGAAACUGUUGCAACCGUGAUGCCAAUGAAGAUACAAGUUUCUAACACAAAAAUAAAUUUAAAAGACGACAGUCCUCGUAGUAGUACAAUAUCCCUUGAGCCAGCUCCUAUAACUGUUCAUAUUGACCAUCUUGUGGUAGAGAGAAAUGAUGAUGGUUCUUUUCAUAUCAGAGAUUCUCAGAUGCUUAACACUGGAAAUGAUUUGAAAAACAAAGUCAAAAGUGACUCAGUCCUGCUUACCAGUGAAGAGUAUGAUGUGAAGGAACAGCACAGCAUCACUCAAGCCACUCAGACAAGUCCAGAGGUUCCUUGGCCUUCUCAGUUGGUUAACUUUCCUGGGUGCUCCUUUGAUUUUACUAGGGAACAGCUCAUGGAAGAGAAUGAAUUUCUUAAACAGGAAUUGGCCAAAGCUAAAAUGGCUCUUGCAGAGGCUCACUUGGAAAAAGAUGCUCUUCUUCAUCAUAUAAAGAAGAUGACAGUUGAAUAACAGGAAUGGCAAUCAAAAAUUAAAAUUAAUAGCUGUGGAGUAGGGAGGUUGUAUUUAUAAUGUUAUGUUACCAAUAGCAGAAGACUUUCCUUUUCAUGAAAUGACAAUAAAAUGAAGUAGAAUGUGAUGAA